AACGCAAAAACAGAAAAAGGCCAUUUCGGGGGAAAGCUUAACUGCCGGUGGAGUAAAUGUUAGCGGUUUCCAAGAGCUCAUCUUGAUUCAUCUUUACCUGAGGAAAAUGUCUGAUUCUCAGGGUCAAAUGACAGGAGUUGACAGAGAAGUCAUCAAGUGGCUCCAAGAUCUGGAACUAUCAUUUCAGCCAAAGAAUCUGCGAAGGGAUUUGUCCAAUGGUUACCUGGUUGCUGAGAUAUUUUCUCGUUAUUUCCCUCAUGACAUCUCAGUAUACUCAUAUCACAACGGAGUAUCAUUUUCUUCCAAGCAGAAGAAUUGGAGCCGGAUACAGAAGUUUUUGAAGAAGAAGAACCUGGAGCUAUCUAAGGAAACAAUCUAUGGAAGUAUACACUGUGAACCAGGAGCAGCUGAGGCGUUAGUGCAGGAGAUUUACACGAUGCUGACCGAUCAGAAUGUCACAGAAGCCCAGGGUCAGCAGUCACCACACUCCUCACUGACUCGCUCCACAUCGUCAAGGUCCUUCGGGAACAAUUUGGUAGCUGCAGGGAUCAUGGCCGAGUCAGACGUCAGUUCAAACCAGAGGAAAGCACAAAUCAACAGGGGCGACAAGCAGCUGGAACAAACAGCAGCAGACGGGUCUCUCCCCACCGACUCGUCAACAUGGAGAGAAGCUCCUGUUUCCUACAAGGAGAUAAAAGUGAACCAACCUGUCAGAAAUUCAAUGCUAUCUCCUCUUUUUAAGACAGAUCAGUCAAACAAUAAAGACAAGAAGAAGAAGAAGAAAAAGAAAUCCUCAAAAGAGCCAGAAUCAGGAUGACUGACCAUCAACCUCUAACAUAAAGGCUAAAACGCUUUUAAUGCUAUUUAGCCCUCAGAAAUAAAACAUUCUCAAAAAUC